UACAAUCGUAAUUAUUUUUCUUAUAAAUAUACCACCACUCAAAGUAAAAACAUAAAUUCAGCAUUCAUCAAAAAAUCAAAACCGAUAAUAAAAAAGAAAGCGAAAAAUAAACCCUCGCCCAAGAUCGAAACGGAGCGUUUUGGGAACAAAACUUUGGUACUGAGGAGGAAGAAGAUGGAGCAAAGCUUCACCUUCUUCUUCUCUUAUUGAUCGUUUCAUGGCCUCCUCUCAGGCCCAACAUCGCUGUGUCUUCGUUGGGAAUAUACCGUAUGAUGCAACGGAAGAACAGCUUAUUGAAAUCUGCCAGGAAGUUGGUCCUGUUGUUUCUUUCAGAUUAGUUAUUGAUAGAGAAACUGGGAAGCCAAAAGGUUAUGGAUUUUGUGAGUAUAAGGAUGAAGAGACUGCUUUAAGUGCUCGUAGGAAUCUUCAGGGCUAUGAUAUUAAUGGGCGUCAAUUACGUGUUGAUUUUGCCGAAAACGAUAAAGGAAACGAUAGAAAUAAAGAUCAGGGUCGCGGAGGACCAGGAAUGACGCCAAUUGUUGACCCUCAGAAACAAGUCGGCGUCCCAGCCGUCCAAGGGGAAUCUGCUCAAGCAGCUCAACACCAACCUAUUGGUCUUCAUUUUGCCGUAACAGCUGCAGCUGUCAUGACUGCAGCUCUUGGUGGUGCUCAGACUGGCAUCCAGUCAAAUCAAAAUGGUUUGCAAAAUCAGUCAGCAUUGACAAAUGAUCCUUUAACUUUGCAUCUGUCCAAAAUGUCCAGGAGCCAGCUGACUGAGAUAAUCUCUGAGGUUAAGGGAAUGGCUACACACAACAAGGAGUUGUCCCGUCAGCUGUUGCUUUCAAGACCACAGUUGCCCAAGGCUCUUUUUCAGGCUCAGAUAAUGCUUGGGAUGGUCACCCCCUCAAUGCUACAAAUGUCAAAUCUUAGACAAGGUUCAGAUCAAACCUCACAGUUAAUAAAUGAAGGCCACAUUGGUCAGACUCAGCAAACAUUGGCUCAAACUGUGUCUGGUCUACCUCCUUAUGGACAGAGCAAAUUGCAGUCUGGCUUGACACCUUACAUUCAAGAAGGCCAAGCCAAUCCAAGGCCUCCACUGCAGCCUAGACUUCCCCUUCAACAUCACCAAAGCAACCAUUUUGUACAGCCUGGAACAGGGCAGAAUAAUUUAAUGCUUCCUUCCGUACGUCCCCCAACUUUGGGAAGUUUGUCGAUUAGGCCUCCAAUUCAGCCAGUAAAUUCAACUGCGAUGAACCAGCAAAUGCAUGCCUCGUUCCUUCAGCAUCCGGUACGUGUUGGAAGCUCAACAGUCUCGCAUAAUCUUCAAAUGGUUCGUCCAGAUGCAAGCUUUCAGGCUGACCCCUCCAUGUCAUCUGGUACUUCCAAGUUAUUUAGUAAGGAAGGUGAUAGAUCUUCCAAAGCUCCCGAGGAUUGGACCAAAAAUAGUAGUACUUAUUCAAACAUGUCCGCGGGAUUAGAGAAUAUAGGCACGACUCGUGAUAUUCCAGAAUCCUUCACUCGUCCGUUUAAGCUCACUAGAUUGAAUGACGGAAGGAAAUCCUCUCUUGCUUCUGGGACUUCAGAUGUGCCUGUCUCCAAAGGAUCAUCCCAUGUUCUUGGAAGUAGUUUAUUACCUGCACCUGCAGUUCCUAAAGCAGAAGCGCGACACCCUGACCAACAAUCUUCACAGCUUCCAUCUGAUGUGGAGUCUGUUUUGCUGCAACAAGUAUUGAAUCUAACACCGGAGCAAUUGAGUUCCCUGCCACCAGAGCAGCAACAACAGGUCAUCCAACUCCAACAAGCUCUUAAGCGAGAUCAGAUGCAACCUGCAUAACAAACAGAAACCAAGUCUGCCGCAUGUAAAUUAGCAUUUGAUGUAGAUUAGGUUCCGAAAAUGAUAUUCUUUUGAAUAGUAUUUAACUUUUUUAUAUUUGUUUUUUAGUUACAUGUCCAAACAUUUGUUGUUGAGAUGAGGAGCUCUAAAUGAGCGUGUACGAAAUCAUUAGAAGAGAUAUACUGUACAAUAAUAAUAAUUAUGCUCAUUAAAAUUUUGUUUAUUGUGUU